GAUCUCUGUUUGGAGUGCUGGCUAUUGAGCGCGCAAACCCUCUGUAGGCCGGCUGGGCAGUGCGGGCGGUGCCCGCGUCAGUGGUCGACUGUGACCUGUGCUUCAAUUUUCCGUCGUCACGGGAAAUAAAUCUCGAAGCCGACUGGUCCUCUCCUGGAAAGAGGGCAGAUAUUCAGGACUCCUUCACCUUCCUUCCAGUGGACAGCGAGCCUGGCAUCGUUGGCGUCCGUGGUUGCCCGUUCUUCCAGGUGCUUUGCCACACUGAAAAAUGGCUACCGGACAGGACCGAGUAGUUGUCCUAGUGGACAUGGACUGUUUUUUUGUUCAAGUGGAACAGCGGCAGAAUCCUCAUUUGAGGAAUAAACCUUGUGCAGUUGUCCAGUACAAGUCAUGGAAGGGUGGUGGAAUAGUUGCAGUGAGUUAUGAAGCUCGUGCAUUUGGGGUCACUAGAAGCAUGUGGGCAGAUGAUGCUAAGAAGUUAUGUCCUGAUCUUCUGUUGGCACAAGUUCGUGAGUCCCGUGGGAAAGCUGACCUCACCAAGUACCGGGAAGCCAGUGUGGAAGUGAUGGGGGUAAUGUCUCGUUUUGCUGUGAUUGAACGUGCCAGCAUUGAUGAGGCUUAUAUAGACCUGACGGGUGCUGUACAAGAAAGACUACAAAAGCUACAAGGGCAACCUAUCUCAGCUGACCUGUUGCCAACCACCUACAUUGAAGGGUUGCCCCAAGGCCCUACAACAGCAGAAGGGACUGAUCAGAAAGAGGAGACGCGAAAACAAGGCUUAUUUCAAUGGCUUGAUUCUCUUCAGAUUGAUAACCCCACCUCUCCAGACCUGCAGCUCACUGUUGGAGCAGUGAUUGUGGAGGAAAUGAGAGCAGCCAUAGAGAAGGAGACGGGCUUUCAGUGUUCAGCUGGAAUUUCACAUAAUAAGGUCCUGGCAAAACUGGCCUGUGGACUGAACAAGCCCAACCGCCAGACCCUGGUCUCACAUGGGUCAGUCCCGCAGCUCUUCAGCCAAAUGCCUAUUGGCAAAAUCCGUAGUCUUGGAGGAAAACUAGGUGCCUCUGUCAUUGAAAUCCUGGGGGUGGAAUACAUGGGUGAACUUACUCAGUUCACUGAAUCUCAGCUCCAGAGUCAUUUUGGGGAGAAGAAUGGAUCUUGGCUAUAUGCCAUGUGCCGUGGGAUUGAGCAUGAUCCAGUUAAACCCAGGAAACUACCUAAAACCAUUGGCUGCAGCAAGAACUUCCCAGGAAAGACGGCUCUGGCUACUCAGGAGCAGGUACAAUGGUGGCUUUUGCAAUUAGCCCAUGAACUAGAGGAGAGACUAAUCAAGGACCGAAAUGAUAAUGACAGGGUGGCCACCCAGUUGGCUGUGAUCAUUCGUGUACAGGGAGACAGACGUCUCAGCAGCACACGCCGCUGCUGUGCUCUUACCCGCUAUGAUGCUCACAAGAUGAGCCGUGAUGCGUUUGCUGUCAUCAGGAACUGUAACACUUCAGGAAUCAAAACUGACUGGUCCCCUCCCCUCACAAUGGUCUUCCUCUGUGCUACCAAAUUCUCCACCUCUGCCCCUUCAUCUUGCACAGACAUCACCACCUUCUUGAGCAAUGACCCAAGUUCUCUGCCAAAGGUGCCAGUUACCAGUUCAGAAGCUAAGACUCCCUGUGGCCCAGCAGUGACAGCCACUAAGAAACCAAUCACUUCUCUGGAAUCAUUCUUCCAAAAAGCUGCAGAAAAGCAGAAAGUCAAAGAAGCUUCACUGUCAUCUCUUACUGCCACUACCCAGGCCCUCGUGAGCAAUUCACCAUCCAAGGCCUCCUUACCUUUCCAAACCAGUCGCGCUACGGGAACUGAGCCCUUCUUUAAGCAGAAGAGUCUAAUUCUAGAGCAGAAACAGCUUAGUAAUUCUUCAGUUUUCUUCCCUCCACAAUAUCCACAGUCUAGCCCUCAACAGUUAACAAACUAUCUUCCAACAGAGUAUCCAGAUUGCACCCCUGUCUGUCAAGCAGCACUGAAGCUAGGAUCCUCUGAAACAACUCCUACAGAGAUGGAUUUGGCCCAGAACAGCCCAAGCAGGCUUGCUUCUUUAGCUUCCAGCUAUGCUCUGGAGGUGGCUCAGAAAUCAACUAUUACCCCAAAUCCUGUGGCAUCUGAGGACCAAAUACCCUGUGAGAAGUGUGGCUCUCUGGUACCUGUAUGGGAGAUGCCGGAACACAUGGACUAUCAUUUUGCAUUGGAGUUACAAAAAUCCUUUCUGCAGCCCCACUCCUCAAACUCAGAGGCUGUUCCUGCCAGUUCUCCUCAAAGCAAAAGAAAUCCCAAGAGCCCUUCAGCCUCCAGUAAUAAACGCCCUAGGCCUGAGGGCAUGCAGACAUUGGAAUCAUUCUUUAAGCCAUUAACACACUAGUGCUGCCCUCAGGCUUGCUGCAGGGUUUUAAUAUUUUACCUGUAAACUAGAUGGAAAUAUGCUCACUUUGCAAGGAAAUCCGUAACUUCAUGAAAUUUUUAGUAAGAGAUUAACAGUCCAGUUAGAUGCUGACUUAAAACCCCCAUCUCUUCACAUGUAUGGAUUCCAAUUCCACUGCUGACGGAGAUGUAAAAACUGACUUUAUCUUGCAGAGAUAAAACUGCUUUGAGUUUUUAAUCAUUAGAGUUUAGGGAGGCAGUGUCAGAGUACAAAUAUGUGUGCCUUGAAGCCUAGGAGAGACACUUUCCUCACUUUUCCUCAUCUAUACAACUAAUAAACUUUAUAGAUUAUGGGAGAUUAAGGAAAUGUAUUUAGAGUAUGUGGCUUAAAGAUGGCACAAAAAAGCUGAGUGAGAAAAAACAUUUUAAAACUUUUCCCCAACCUCUGCGACAGGGGCAGUUCAGAUAAUGAUUUUGACCAAUAUUUGAGGUUUGAGGAUGUGAGGUGAAGACCUAAAGUGGUAACUGGUUUAGGGCAGGGCUCUAUACACAGAAGCUGCUCAAUAAAUACUGAAUUUCAUACAAGAAUAUCCUUUUAUGGCCACAAUUUUAGCCACUGGCCAUUCUACCUCUUACAAUUGGUCUAAUGUAGCAUCAAAUUAACAGACCAGUUCAAGAACUCUGUUUAGAUUAGUUAAGUCACAAUCAGAACUAGAUCAUGUCUAGAAUCAUACUAGGCAGAGUGUGAUUUUGAGGGUCAUCAGAGAACUUAUUAGAAAUUGUCUCAGCCUCACCUCUACCCUUGCUGAAUCAGUAUCUGUACAUUAAUAAGAUUCUCCACCGUGUUUUAAAAACACUGAUCUAGAAGAUACUAUGGCCAGCCAGGUUUGUAGGGCAAUGACAUUUCCUUAAACGCUGAAGUACAGAUUUAAGAGGUAGUGCUUGGCUUUCAGGGUCACUGGCCUGUUCUUCAUCUCUUACCUUCUGAUGUUUGAAUAUUGAGCUUAAGGUUUACUGUAGCUUUCUGCACUUGUCCAUGUUUAUAGUACUGUAUUCUUAAUCUGCUUUCUUCUAUGUGGAAAAUCAGCUUUUUUGAUAUGUGAAACCUUGUGUUACAUAGAGAACCCAACUGCAGAUGAACUGAACUAGGUGGUGUUGGGGGAAGUGAGUAGGAAGAAUGGUUUAUGUAUCCCCCCUCUCAUACAUCACCCACCGCUCUUCAAACUUAUUUAUAAAUUGGGAGUCUGUAUUUAGUUUGAAGAAGAAGAGGGUAGCAUCUGAAAAACACUGUAGCAAAAAAAUUACUUCUUCCUUCAAAAAUAUUUUCCUCUUGUAGCAGUUGAAUAAUGUGUACAUGGCCCUUUUCCUACAAGAUUUGUAGUUUCUAGAAGGCAAGAAUUCUCCAGUGUCUUGCACAUAAUAGGUGCUUGAUAUUUACUGGAUGAAACAUGCAUAUUAAGUAAUUUUAGAUGAUUACUAGGACUAAGAGUGUAAAAAUGUACAUGCUGCUGGUUUGGGGGAGGGUGACUGCUUUAUGUAUCUUUUUAUCCUCCUAAAUGUUUCAUUAAUGUAGCAAGGUAUAGCUCACUGGUUCCUGAAGAUGUCUUAUUAAAUACUGUUAUCAGGGACACCUGAGUGGCUCAGCCGGUUAAGCCUCUGCCUUUGGCUCAGGUCAUGAUCUCAAGGUCCUGGGAUCGAGCCCCACAUCAGGCUCUCUGCUCAGCGGGGAGCCUGUUUCCCCCUCUCUGCCUGCCUUUCUGCCUACUUGUGAUCUCUGUCAAAUAAAUAAAUAAAUACUGUUAUCAGGGGAUGCCUGGGUGGUUCAGUCAGUAAAGCGGCCAGCAUUCAGCUCAGGUCAUGACCCCAGGUCCUGGGAUGGAGUCCUGUAUCAGGUUCCCUGAUCAGCAGGGAGCCCACUUAUCCCUCUGCCUGCUGCUCUCCCUACUUGUGCAUCCCCCCAGACAAAUAAAUGAAUAAAGUCUUAAAAAAAAUACUGAGAUAAUUUCCUAAAAUUUCCUUACUUAAUUCAGUGAAAAGUUAAUAAUAAUUUUAAAAAAAGAACCUAAAAUGAAGCAAUACCUCUCCUUCGGGCACUAUACAGAUUAAGUGGAACAAAUUUUGAACACUUUGGUUGAUUGGAAAGAGUCCUAUAGAAAAGCAAUGUGGUAGAAACUGGUUUCAUUGGACUUAGAGGCCAAGGCAGGUGGGGGAAUGGGUAACUAGUAAUGACAAUACCAGCAGCAUCCCUUUUGUUUCCUUAGAAAUGCUACCCCUGCCCCAGCAUACCAGCAAUCAGCCUAUAGAGGGGACAGCAGACAGAUAUGCAAAGGUCAGUGCCUGGCGAAAGUUACAGGACCAUUUUGCUGAAUACAACCUUCUUUCAUAGCUGUUUAUCAGCACUGCAUAGAGAGAAGUAAACAGCUUUUAGUCCCCAACACAGGAGGAAGGGGAAGUUCUUCAACCAGAGGCUUCUUACAGUAGCAAGUUAAGCCACAGAUAUUUUUAAAAACAGCAGAGCUCGAAUAGUUAGGGAGGCUAUUACUUUAAUACUCAGAACAGGGGCGCCUGGGUGGCUCAGUCAGUUAAGCCUCCCACUCUUGAUUUCAGCCAGGUCAUGAUCUUGGGGUCUUGAUAUCAAGCCCUGUGCCAGGCCCCACUUGGGAGAUUUUCUUUCUUUGUCUCUCUCUCUCUCUGUCCACACCCCCACCCCCAUCAGCUGCCCGCUAGCACGUACUUUCUCUCUUAAAAAAAAAAAGAAAGAAAAAUACCCUAGAGACAGAAUGCCUUAUGGGACUUUCCUUGGGCCACAUUUAUCAUUAAAUUUCUUUUGUAAGGAUCUGUACUCAAAACGCAGUCCCAUAAAACAUGACAGUACUCUGAAUACAGAAACAGGAAGAAAGGACUAAGGUUUGGCCUGGCGGCCCUCAGAGCUCCAGAAAGCUAGCCAGUUCAGGCUAUGCAAAAUUCACUUCUCGUGAUCUUGCAUUGCUAGGGAAAGCACGAGGGCCAGAUUACCCGGACUCUAAGAUCCAUUCUUAAGUAGCUGGCAAGCUAAUCUCCAAAUCUCUGACACCACGCAGAAGCAGAGUCCUCACCACUGCGACCACAGCUGGGGCCCAACUUCUCAAGGAGGGGGUGGUUACUUAUAUCAGCUGAAAAAGGAGCAGUUUCACUUUCUAGUCUGCUCAUUUGAGAGCUAUGCAAAUAAGCCAGAACAGCCAGGUCACAGUAGGGGAACACUGAUCAAAUAGGAGGGAGAGGAAAGAAAGAAUGCUCCAUGAGAUACCAGAUGGGUUCUUUCCCCAUUCAGGGCUCAGCAGUGUUAGGGUUUCCCUUGUCUAAUCCUGAAGAGGAAUCUAUUUCUGGAAGCUGAGCCCGUAUCUUAAGCAUAAGCACAGUAUGUUCAAUAAAACAUUUUUUAUUCUGUACAAUA